AUGUUGGCCGGUCACUUUGCCCAUUGUGACUGUGAGCAGUGUAGUCCGUUGGCCACCACCUUGCUGUUACUGGAAAUCGACGAACAGCCCGUGGAUUGUGACGAGAUACGUCGCCUCCGAGAAGAGCAGGAAGCCCGCGUAUACGACAAGCUUCGGAAGUGCCGCUUUGACCAUGAGACCCAGGGCGUCCUCGAAGCUAUCCAAGCUCGAUUCAAAGGCCGAGCCUCUUUCUUCACUCCCACUGAAAUCGAAAUCGUGUGGUAUGCCUGGGAAUUCACCGCCAACUCCUCCUUGCACCCAGCCCCGGAGUCCUGGCUCUCGCUUAUCCUGAUCGCUGUGUUCACUCCGCUUCUUUUGGGUAACCCGGGCCGCGAUGCAUUUGUGUUUAUGCCAUCAAUCUCCUCCGAAGAUGAUAUCACUGCAUCAGUCUCCCUGAAGCAAACAGUGUCCUUCAUGGUUGGUGUUCAAGCCCGUGCCCGUCUCCUUGCCGUCACCCAUUCCUCACCAGGUGGUAUUUUCGAAAUGAAAUGGUCUCAGUCCAGCAUCUGUGGUCAGUACCUGCUUCAACGCCAAAUUCCAUACCCGCCGAACCACCACCAGCGGAAAAAGGCGUGGAACGAAUGGGCUAUGUUCUGGUUGAGAGGUUAG